AUGCUUCCCGGAUCUGUUCGAUCUCCCUUGAGGUCUUCCUUCGUGCCCGCCGAGCUUCGCUGCACCCCCACUUAUACAGCGCAGUCCCGCUUCUUCCACCUCUCUAGCCGUUUACACCAAGAGAAGCCUCAAUCUGAGCAGAAGGCCUCGCCUCCUCCCCCCGCCGACGCAAAAGAACAGAAGCCAACAGACUCCGAGUCCGAGGCUAAAUCUGAGAAGCCUGAGGAGGAGCAGUCAAAGAAGACUGACGAGGGCGAGAAUGGCGACAAGGAAAGAAAGGAAAAAGAAGACGGAGAGGGCGAAGGUGAGGGCAAGGACAAGAAGAAGGAAGAUGCCCCUCCCCCACCUCCCCACGGCGACAAGACACCUUGGCAGGUCUUCAUGGAGACCAUGAACACCGAAUUCCAAAAGUCACAGGAGUGGAACGAGUCAACAAAGCAGAUUGCAGCCUCCGCAAACCAGUUCGCCGAGAGUGAAGGCGUGCGACGUGCUCGCGAAGCCUAUGAGAAGUCUACAGGUGCUGUGUCUUCGACCCUCGGAAAGGGCGCCAAGGCGACUGCGGGUGCCAUUGGUAAGGGUGCUUCUUGGACUUGGGAUACUUCGGUUGUCAAGGGUGUUCGAAAAGCCGCCAAUGUCACUGGAGAUGCCGUGGAUAAGGCUACCCAGCCUAUCCGAAACACAGAGGCUUACAAGAAUGUCAAGGAUGUGAUUGAUGACGGCAGCUCUUCACGAUAUGGUGGCUGGGUUGAGAAAGAGGAGCGACGGAAACGUCGAGAGGCACUCGACAAGCAGCGGGGUUACAAGGCCCCUGAGGCCAUGGAGGAGGACAUUAACGCUGGUACUAGCGUAACUGUUCACAAAGAUGCUGCUUGGAAGGAGGCCUGGAGAGACUUCCGCGAUCAGAACAAGUACGUCCAGGGGCUUUUUAGCUUGAGGGGCAAGUACGACGAGUCUGAGAACCCUUUGGUGUCGACUGCUCGAAGCAUCACCGACCGCAUUGGAGGCUUCUUUGCCGAGAACGAGACUGCCAUGGUUAUCAAGAAGUUCCGAUCCAUGGAUCCCGGCUUCCAGACGGAGCCUUUCCUUCAGGAACUUCGUGAGUACAUUCUCCCUGAAGUGCUGGAUGCCUAUGUCAAGGGCGAGACCGAGACACUGAAGUUGUGGCUUUCCGCUGCCCAGUACUCUGUGUACGAAGCUUUGACCAAGCAGUAUCUCCAGGCCGGUAUGAAAUCUGAUGGAAAGAUUCUGGAUAUUCGAAACGUCGACAUUCUGCGAGCGCGCAUGCUCGACCCCGGCGAGGUUCCUGUCUUUAUCGUCACCUGCCGUACGCAAGAAGUCCACGUCUACCGCAACGCCAAGACGAACGAGCUUGCUGCUGGUAUGGAGGACAAGGUCCAGCUCGUCACUUACGCGAUCGGUAUCACACGAGUACCUGAAGACGUCAACAACCCUGAGACACGAGGCUGGCGCCUGAUUGAGAUGCAGAAGAGUGGACGAGACUGGUACUAAAAAGUACGAUCAUUUCAAUGCGGCGUCAGGGGUUGGGAUCUGCAUUUGUUGGAUACUUGCGAGAUGAGAGGAAGGGCGAAAAAAGGAGCAUCGCCUAAUGUGUUUUAAUAACUGUACAAUAUGUUCCAUCAUGUGAAAAUAUCAGGGCGGGCUCUCGACACGACACCAACACCAAUACCACACAACACAUCAACACAAAACAUGCAUUUCUGGGAGAAUGGAUCUGGGGCUGAUUAUCAGCAAAAAAAAACAAAAUGACUACCACGCCGCUCUGCUUGCCUUUGAAGGAGGCUUUUGUAUGUAUGUAUGAUUAUGGAGGGAAUAGGGGCAUUGGGCCGGGCAUCAUCAGUGGCGGGAGGAGCAUAAGGACCAUAGACAGGCCCAAAAGUUGCCUUUGUAUUAGAGGCUAUUCCAAUCUAUCAAAGCG